AUGAAGGCCAAGGUUGAGAAGGAAGACAAGUCGUCGCCGAAGAGCAGCGCUGAGGACGAGAAGAAGCCAAAGGGCUCAAAGAAGAUCAAGGUUUCGAGGGCGUGCAACCACUGCCAACGCUCCCACCUUACAUGUGAUGAAGGCAGACCCUGUGAUAGAUGCGUAAAGAGGAACUUGGCUUCUACUUGUGAAGACGGGGUUCGGAAAAAGGCGAAAUAUCUUCGUCAAGAUGAAGAACCAAUGCAAUCUACAUACAAUAUCUCACCGAUUACUGUGGCGUUGCCUCCCUUAGCUCCAAUAACUCCAGCAAUCACACACCCACAAUCACCAAUCGCCCAUCCGAUACAACCACCUAAUACCGCCGUAGACCUAGUCCCACCAUUCGAAGCUCCCAUAAACGACGACUUUGGAUCCGCGACAAUGGGACUAGAAUACUCGUAUCUAUCGACAAUGUUACUUGAUCCGGCCUUCCAACUAGGUGGUCAUGAAACAACAUCAUAUGGAUUACCGGAGCUCGGGGCUUCGCAUUUACACCACACAAACGAUAACAGAUUUAAUCCCGCUGUGACGAAAUCCAGCGAUGGAGGGCCAUUCUUGACGAGUGCCCCAACGCCUGCUGAACUGAAUUAUAUGGUGGAUAUAAAUAAUGCAGUUCAACAACAACAGCAAAGGCCGUCGCUGCCUCAGUCUCUACAUCCUAUACAGAGCAGGACGCAUGAGGUCUAUGCGUCAGUCACAAGACCAUAUGAUUAUCGUGAGGGAUAUCGAUACUUGUCGAAGUAUGUCAAGGAGAGGAUGAAAAAGCCGGAUAUGAUGCGAAUCGUACGUGCCAUGGCACGAUUUCGACCUUCCUUCCUGAGCCAAAUCAGUGCACUAUCUGAAGAAGAUUUGAUAUUUAUGGAAAAGUGUUUUCAGAGGAACUUGCUCGAGUGUGAAAAGGCAAGUGAUACCGUAAACUCAUUGGUACCUGUCUUUGCUGACCUGCCUAACUCAAACAACCUCAUCCUCAUAUCAGCUCGUGUCAUCAUCAGGCACACCAACAGCGAUGUUGCUCUAGUUGGCAAAGAGUUUUGUUUACUCACACAGUGGACUCGCGAGCAACUACUCUCUAAAAAGACAUACAUAUAUGAACUCAUGGACAGUAAAUCAGCAGUGGAUUACUGGGAAAAGUUUACAUUGAUUGCUUUUGAUAACUCUCAGCAAUCCAUCAUGUCGAAAUGUACCUUGUUGACUCCAUUGGGAUUGCCGGUGCCUUGCACCUUCUGCUUUACUAUCAAGAAGGAUCCAUUUGAUUUGCCGCUAGUUGUUAUUGGCAACUUUCUCCCAGUGUUCUAA